AUGAUAAAAGGUGGCCGGAUGCCGCCUUUCAUAUUCCCACCCUGCGCUAUCGACGGAUCGGAGUCAAUAGCUGGAUGUUGUGGCAAGGAGCUUCACCAGUGUCUUCCAGAACCACUAGCCAUAUGUUGCAACCUCGUUCAAAGUUUCUAUCAGAGGACUCCGGGAAGCGCGGCUUUUGUUUGGAGGAGUAUAUACAGUGAAGUAGGCAGGAUCAGGCAAGAGCAUUCUUCUUAUAAUAGCGAACAGAUGUUACACGCUCUUCAAGCCGUGGUGAUAUAUCUGCUGCUUCAAGCCAAUGACCUGCAAUCGAUACAGGAAAGCAACAUCAAAUCGCUACUAGUAGUGCCCAAUCUGCUAGCCCGAUCGCUGCACCUGUCCCUAGAUUACGAAGUCGACCUGACUAAGAAGCUCACUUUAGACCGUCGAGGCUGGGUUCUCCGUGAGAGUGCCAGGAGGACAAUCUGCCUUCUAUUUGGCAUUGAGCUUUUGGUGGACGUGGACCUGAACGCCGAGGAACCGUCAGAGUGCGGUGGUUAUAGUCUCCUGCCGCUGCCCUCAGGCAGAGACUUGUGGGAAACAGUGUCCUGUGACGAGUGGCGUGCACGAUAUAGGAGACUACGAGCCGAGUCGUGCGAUGAAAAGGUUCUGAGCAUUCAGGAUCUCCGAAAGGCUAGACGGGCUUUGGGGGCGGACUCUGAGGAUCGAGGCCAGGAGGAUCAGCUGGUAGCCCAAGUCGCAAAGUGGUGCGAGGGGCUAGACGAAUUCGGGAUGAUGGUCUGGAUGGCUGUCAUGCUCGAGUGAUGACAUGCAUGAGAGCAUGGCAUCGUACGAGAGAGCUCGUGUUUCGAAACGAUGAUGUAUUAGUUGAUACACUCAAGGUUGAGUUACCCAGA